GGGAAGGGCGGGGCGGGACCAGCGGGGGGCCCGCGCGCACAAGGAAGGGCCCGGACAUUUUUCCUCGAUCGGGCCGCCAUCCGAGAAUCUCUCCAGCUCAAUCCCUGUCUCCCUCCCUCCCCCCAUCCCUCACCUCUUGCACUCGGCCGCCGCUCCUUGCCCUCUGCCCCGCCCCGUGCUUCCCCUCGCCUGGCCCACCUCGCCCCCGCUGCCGCCAAAAAUGCACGAUGACAUCGCGCUGGAUGCGUCCAUGCGGCACCGGCAGCCCCGGCCAAUUGACAUUCCCAACGCACAGCACCGGUACCUACGGCACUCGAAGCUAACAUCGGCUCACCAUCGGACCCUGGACUCGCUGGUGGCCUCCUGCUCGCAGCUGCUGGCCCAGCACCUGUCGGCAGAUGCCUGGCCUGGCAAGUCGGAUGCCGAUGCGUCUCCCGGCCCGGGGGCGGCCGGGCCACCCGCGGGCGAGGAUCUGAUCGCCGCCGCGCAGGGGGCCUUCACGGAGGUCCUGCGUGAGGCGGCCCUGGCCGAUCUGGAGGCCCUCGAUGAGCGCCUCAAUGUUCGAGCCGCCCUCAAUCGCCUGGACAUCGCCUCGCGUUGGGCCUUCGCUCGGCAACAGGAGGGCCUGAGCUCGUCGGGCUCGGGACCCCGGCCCCCCUCGGCCUCGGCCGAUUUGACCGCCUCCUCGGAGGUCGAGUCCCAGGCCGUUUGGUCACACGCGUGGUAUGUGUCAGCUCGCGGGCAGCUCAUCUCGGCCUUGCUGCCCGCCGGCGCCAAGAGCAGUCCGGACAUGGCCGCCUCCGGAGCCGCCGCUUCCCUUGCGAAUGGUGCAGCCGCCGACACGGGCACCGUGUCGGCCGCGGUCGCCGGGCCCCCGAAGGCGGCCCCCUUGUCGGCUGGCUUGGAACGGCCGCGCCCGGUUCCUGUCGAGCAGCUGGAGGCCCACCAGGCCGCCCCGGCGGCUCGGCUGGCAGAGUCUCCGGCCCUGGUCUCCGAGCCCCUUGGCCAGGACUCGCCAGCCAGCCCCAGCCUGGAGGCCACCUCGCUGGCCGAGCUGAUUGCCGUUUGUCUGGACGGCAUCCGGGCCAGCAGUGCGGCCAUGGAGCAACGCAUCGCCGAGUUGGCAGCCCAGGAGGACGACCCGGCGGGCGAUCUCUCCGAUGGGGAUCUUGCCCAAAUUGAGAGCGAACUCGGCUUGGCCGACGGCCGGGCGCCCGGCGCGGACUUGGCUCUCAAUCUGACCCCGGCCGAGCGCAGUCAAGAAGUCGAAAGCGUUCUCGGUCUACUGGGGGAGUUUGCCGACGAGCUGUCCCUUGCGGUGAGUGCAAAGCAGGCUCUCCGGACCCAGUUGAUUGUCGAGGCCGACAGCCUGCCAGGGGGGGGCCGCCACAGCGCCCCCCGAGGCCCGCCACUGUCCGGCGGUCUGGCGGGGAGUUCGACCCCGGCCGCCACGGAGCCCGAUCAGGAGGAGCUGGCCUUCUUGCUCAGCUUGCUGGAUUCCGACACCGAGUCGCCCCUUUCCCUGGGCGGAACUUCGGCCGCGCCAGGCGCGCCAGACGCGCCCACUGUUGCUGCCCCGGCAGCCACAACAGCGCCGGGUGCUCGGCCAGAGCCGCCUGCCAGCUACCCCAAUUCGAUGUUGCCGCUGCCGACUCGGCCAGGGUCUGCCAGUGGUGGGAGUGCCCACUCUGAUGGGCACCUGCAGUGGCAGCAGCACCAGCACCAGCAGCACCCGGAAAAGCGCCCUCCGGCCGGAGGGGCCUUUGUUGCACCCCCAGGUAAGUAUCCUCGCCAUGGGUGAAGAGACGGGGCUGGUGAAGAAAAAAAAAGAAGGAAAACUACACAAACAAACACACAAACGCAGAGCCCGCAAAGGGAGCGUGGAAUUCUUGGUGAUGCAUUUCC